AUGUAUGGAAAAGAAAGAAAAUACAUAAGAUACACUCAUUUUAGCCUUGAGUCUUUGACGCUACAUUCAUGUAGUUUUAUUGAGACUAAAGUGUUUAAUUUUGGUGCACUCAAAGAAGUUUCUUUGGGUUGGAUGGAAGUGAGACUCAGUGCUAUCAAGGCCUUGCUUUCCAAUUGUAACAUGCUGGAGAGUUUGAGUUUUAAAAGGUGUUGGAACUCAGACAAGUUUGACCUAGGUGAAGAAAAACACAUGGGUCUGACACAGCUCGUCCUAGACCAAUGCGGCUUUGAUUUUGAUUAUUUCAAAGUCAAUGCACCAAAUCUCAAAAUUUUCAAGUAUUGUGGGUGGAUGAACUUUGACCUCAUAGAAAUUGAUUCACUCGCAAUGGAAGAGAUAGAUCUUGACUUCUCUCUAGUAAUUUCUACUGGUUCCGAACAGCUACAUAUGGAACCUGACAUGGAUGUACGACAUUCGAUCAUGAAGAUGGCCUUGCAACAUAAUGAGUUUUCUCGAAUCUCAUUAUUCCUCAAUAGUUGUCCUAUGUUAGAGCGUCUCACCAUUGAACUAGUCAAAUUAGACAAGAAUGGUUAG